AUGACGACCAUCAGCGACCCAUCCAACACCAUUCGCGAUACCCCAAACAUCCCUGUCGACAAGGCAAUCCUCCACAUCGGCAGCUCAGCUUUCAUCAAUGCCCCUUCUCAAGAAGUCUGGGCUGCCCUAACAGAUACCUCAACAUGGCCAAGCUGGAACACCUUCGUGCCACGCGUAACCAUCCGCUCCCAGCCAACGCCAGACCCAUCUCCAUCCACCUCCGCACCGGACCCAACACCAACACCAGCACCAGAAUCGACAUCAACAUCCACACCUCAAUCAACAAGCACAGAACUAUCACCAAUCCUCCAAAAAGGAACAAAAUUCACCUUACACGUCCGUAUGGACUCAACCUCCACCAAGCCCCAACCCGCAACAGACGUGCAUGCCAUCGUAAUCGAAUGUGGUGCACCGAACACUGAGAUCGGCAAAGGCGGUUAUAUCGUUUGGGUCGCUGACUCCGAAGCGCCGGGUGCGUUUUCGCCGUCGCUUUUGAAGGCCGAGCGGGUCCAUGAGUUUACGGCUGUUGAGGGUGGGACGGUAGUGCGGAAUUGGGAGGCACAGUCUGGGUGGUUGGCUUAUGCGGUGCGGUGGAUGUAUGGGGUUAAGCUGCAGGGAUUUUUCGAGAUGUGGGUUGCUGAUUUGAAGAAGUUUGUCGAGGGGGGCAGUAAUACUGCAGCUGGUCCUGCUUGA